AUGACACAUAUUCAAACAAAAACUUCAAGUUAUAUAUCAUUCGAAUAGAAUGAUAACACAGUCUGGUUUUACUGCCGUGUGGAGAUUAUAACCAUGAGGAAUUUCGCUUUCACAGUUUUUCUUACUUUUUCCUUAGUAUUCUGUUCACAUGCGUUGUAUUGCUAUCAGUGUGGGGAUGGAAGACCAAACGGGCCAUGUCAAGAGGACCUCGACAUAAUGAUCAAAGACCAUGCAUUGCACCGGGACAACGGAACAAACCAUACCAGUUCAGAAUAUACCUACAGGAAGCAGUGCCCGGAGUCAGAAGACACGUGUGUUAUUGAGAGGGUGGAAAUAAAUGGCGUUGUUGUGGCGUACAUCCGGGACUGUUCGGAUGGUAUCAAUUUUUCCAUCAAUGCAAGUCGAUUUCUGAACUUUCCACAGGAUAAAAACAUAACUACAUGCAGUUACGUGCAGGGCAAAUUCUUCACGUGCUUGUCCAUGUGUAAUACAGACUUGUGUAAUGGACCACAAGCGGCCCCAAACACGUCAUCCUCUCCUAAGACCGUCCCUUUCUGGACAAUGGUUUUCCUUGUUGCCAUGAGUCUUUAUCAAUGACAGCUCAAUUUUUUUCAUUAUCAUUGAAAAAAUGUAAUCUAUUUUUUUCUUCUUUUAUAUUAUUUUUUGUUCAUUCACGACCUACUUAUUUUUGAAAAAUGUUAAUGAAUGAGCAUUGAAUUUAAACGUGAAUGUAAACGAUUCUAAAAUUCAUCACUAUUAAAGAGUGGUGCAACAUAAUAACAUAAUUUACAUGUAUUGACUUGUAUUUAAAAAGAAUUUCCCAAAUCCACCAUUUUUUAACCUUUAUUUUUCCUUCCCGACAAAAAAAAUUGGAAAUGCUCGUUUGCGAGUAAUCAGUGGAGUGUAAAUUAUAUACCGGACUACAUUUUAUAUUCACCUACAUACCAUAUAACUAGAAACCAAAUUUUUCGCUGGUUUACACGUUUAAUAUAGUGUGAAUAGGAUUUGAAAUUGGACAUCAUAUAAUAUCCUUAAACUUUAGUUUUGACUUUUGAAUAUCAUACUUGCUAAUAAAAUCUUACAUGAUAAAG